AUGAAGAAGAAUUUGGAGCAAAGAAAUAUCAAUGUCAGUGUGCGUAGUGGUUCACAAGUCAGAAUCAUGAGGAAAUCUGAAUCGCCACAAGGAAGGAUAAAAUUAUCAUAUGUUCGACAUGGAUCCGUAUCACCACCUCGAAGAACUGGGAUCGAUUACGGCGAAAAAGCAGCGCCUCAAAUAAGAUGCAUUACACGUCAAAACAGCCUAGUGAUACAAAGAAAACCUGUUACAACUACGUAUGAUAGAAAUUACAAAUGUCAGCAUAAUCCAACUUCUACCCCAACAACAGGACUCGUAACAGACAUAAAUACAAUUCGCCUGACCAACGCAUGGCCAACAGACAACCAAUACGAGAUAUCGAUGCGAAAUACAGCUCUCACCCCCCAAACAAAUGGUAUCGCGAUAAUGAUUGGUGGAAAUAACCCAGUCUCCAACAUAACAUCAUACAGCGAAUGGUUAAAGUAUGACUCACCUGAUUCAAAUUCAGUCUCGCCAUUGGGCCGGAUUGGAGAACAAGGUUUAUUCGACCUUGGCGUAGCGGUCGAUAACAAUUCAGUCUCUCUCUCUCCUAGUCAGAUAGAUAGUCUAAGUUCUAACUUCAAUUUCUCUGCCCUACCUAAUUUGUCUGAAUCUACACAGCCUAUUGUUCGUUGUCCUGUCUCAGUCGCCAUUUCGUUUGGUGGUUCUGGUACUUUGUUAUUGACUGGGAGUAACUGCAACUCAGUUUCACUCAGACAAAAAUCAAAUAAUGAACAGAUCACAAAGCCACAUAUACGAAAUGAAAAUGUCUGCAUAAGCAGUCGACCACCACUGCCUCGUUUUGAUCCUGGUCGUGGUAAGAAAAGUGGUAUCGCUGUGGUACGCAUUUCUUCAGUGAAUUCUCCAGCAGCACUGCACAACUUGCGUCCUAAAACUCCCACUGAUUUCUCCAGUGUGCAGAGUCACCCGGAGUUAUUGCAUCCAUCUAGUUCGUACGAUAACUUGCUAUGCAAUAGUGUACGACGCUACAGUUUAACCGACGGAAAUUCUGAACUUCCUAAACCACGGUAUCUUGGCGUUUUCACUAAUACAGCUCCUAAUUCAGCACAGCGAUCUUUCCAUUCCUCUUGUGAUCAUUACGUUAACGCCAUGCCCAAUGCUCAGUCUAUGGGUGUCGAAGACAUAAAAAACCAAUUGUUCUCCACAAGCUCGAUUGGUGAAUUCUACUAUGAUUAA